UCAACAUCAUGUGUGUAUCCUCUCAGGAGCUGAGAAAGUGAAAGCUUUUAACUCCUUAUUUCAUACAAGCCAAGCCCAAGUGGUGGUUGAUAUGAUAAUGGAGUUGGAACCACUGACUAUGGGGAAUGAAGUUAUUGAAUUUGACAUGAUGGGUUUGGGAGACGAUACUGUGGAUGAUAUUCAGCAUCAGUCUGUUGAUGUUGGUGUUGAUGAAGUGGAAGAAGAGGAAGCAGGAGAUGGAGAAGUUGAAGGAAACCAUUUACUGCUGAAUUUUUAUGACCCCCAAAGUUCCCACAAUUCCAUUUCUGGUCAAGUCUAUAUCCCUCAAGGGGACACUAAUCUUGAGCCUUAUGAGGGUAUGGAAUUUGAGUCUGAGGAGGCUGCGAAGGCUUUUUACAAUUCGUAUGCUCGUCGUGUGGGAUUUAGUACUCGUGUCAGUAUGUCCCGCAGGUCUAGACGUGAUGGUGCUAUCAUUCAGAGGUCUUUUGUUUGUGCAAAAGAGGGUUUCCGCAUUGACAAGGAUAAGCCUGCACGUUCUGAUGUGCGUGUCAAACGCCCUCGUGCUGAAACCCGUGUUGGUUGUAAGGCCAUGUUGGUCGUUAAAAUCCAGGAUUGUGGUAGGUGGGUUGUUUCGGCAUUUGUAAGGGAACAUAACCACGAGCUUGUUCCACCUGACAAGGUGCAUUGUCUCCGCUCUCACCGCCAUGUAUCCGGCUCUGCCAAAUCAUUGAUUGAUACCUUGCAGUGUGCUGGGAUUGGUCCCAGUGGUAUUAUGUCUGCCCUCAUCAAAGAAUAUGGUGGAAUCAGUAAUGUUGGUUUUACUGAGCGUGACUGUAGGAAUUACAUGAGGAGCAGUCGACAAAGAACUCUUGGUGGUGACACUCAGCACCUUUUGGACUACCUGCGAAACAAGCAGGCUGAGAAUUCUGCUUUUUUCUAUGCUGUGCAGGGUGAUGAAGAUCAGUGUAUGAGCAAUAUCUUCUGGGCUGAUGCAAAGGCAAGGGCUAACUACACAUACUUUGGUGACACUGUUACCUUUGAUACAACCUACCGGUCAAAUCGCUAUCGAUUGCCCUUUGCACCGUUCACUGGAGUUAACCAUCACGGGCAGCCUGUUUUGUUCGGUUGUGCUCUCUUGGUCAAUGAAUCCGAGGCUUCUUUUCUCUGGCUUUUCAAAACAUGGCUUAUGGCAAUGUCUGAACGGCCUCCUGUUUCAAUCACUACUGAUCAUGAUAGGGUAAUUUGUCUAGCCGUGAACCAGGUUUUUCCAGAAACCCGUCAUCGUAUCUGCAAGUGGCACAUCUUUAAAGAAUUCCAGGAGAAGCUGUCCCAUGUGCUUUCUGAGCAUCCUAAUUUUGAAGCGGAGCUCCAUAAAUGUGUUAACCUCACAGAGUCAGUUGAGGAAUUUGAGUCUUGUUGGUUGUCUCUACUUAAUAGAUAUAAUCUCAGGGAGCACGAGUGGCUACAAGCAGUUUAUACUGAUCGACGCCAAUGGGUCCCAGCUUACUUGAGAGAUACAUUCUUUGCAGAAAUGUCUAUAACACAGCGCAGUGACAGCAUCAACUCUUACUUUGAUGGAUACAUCAAUGCCUCAACUACCCUACAGUUGUUUGUUAAGCAGUAUGAGAAGGCUUUGGAAAGCCGCUAUGAGAAAGAAGUCAAAGCUGACUAUGAUUCGAUAAAUACCGCCCCAGUUCUGAAGACACCUUCACCUAUGGAGAAGCAAGUGGCUGAGCUCUAUUCCAGGAAAUUGUUUUUAAAAUUUCAAGAAGAGCUGGUUGAGACUUUAACUUUCCUGGCAACCAAAGUUGGGGAUGAUGGUGCAAUCACCACUUAUAGAGUUGCUAAGUUUGGUGAAAGUCAUAAAGCUUAUACUGUUAGCUUUACUGUUCGUGAGAUGAAAGCCUCUUGUAGUUGUCUGAUGUUUGAGUUCUCCGGCCUUCUUUGCAGACACAUAUUGACAGUUUUUAGGGUGACAAAUGUUCUUACACUGCCUUCCCAUUAUGUUUUGAAACGAUGGACAAGGAAUGCCAAGAGUGGUGUCAUAUUGGAGGAACACGCCAGUGAUUUUCUUAGUAGUUCACGAGAAUCUCUUACCUUUCGAUACAGCAACCUUCGCCAUGAGGCCCUUAAGUACGUUGAUAAUGGAAUCCAAAGUUUAGAAAUUUACAAUGUUUCAAUGGAUGCUUUGCAAGAGGCAGCAAAUAAAGUGGCUCUUGCAAGAAAGAAUGGUGGGAAAGUUGCAAUAGCAAAUAGAGCUGGCAGAGAAGAGUAUCCUCCUCAGGGAAGUCAAGCAAAUAAUAACAAUCAUAAUCAGCAACAGGGCUCAGAACAGCCUGCUUCUGGGGAUGACCAGGACAAGAAAAUCCAGAAACUGCAUCACAAACUGGAUCGCGCGCGACAAAAAUGUGAAGCAUAUAGAGCAAACUUGCUUUCAGUGCUGAAAGAUAUUGAGGAGCAGAAAUUACAAUUGUCUAUUAAAGUUCAAAAUAUUAAGUUGGGAAUGAAAGAUUAACCCAAAUGGCUUUGUUGGUGUCAGCUUAUCCCCGCCCCCCUCUCCUUCCCUUCCUUCGGCUUUCUCUAGCUAGAUGAGACGCACAAAUGAGAAGUGUAAUUUGUUUCUUAUGAUAGAAGAUGAAAUUAACCCUUUUUGGCUUUGAGUUAUAUCAUCCUUCAUAUUUUUAUAGUGUUCUGAUCUCAGUUGGUGAUGGUUUUCAUCCUGCCUCCUGUCGUGAUGGUUUCCUCAAUUGC